AUGUCCAGCGGCCCUGGAGGAGGAGGAGGCGGGAGCGGGCAGCAGCAGCAACAGCAGCACAGCACUAGCAGUACGAGCAACAGCUGCAACAGCAACAUCGCUGGCACGACAGCAGCCACAGUGAGCAGCAGCAGCAACAGCAGGAGCAACACGCCAGCAACAUCAACAUCAUCGGCUGGAACUGGAACGGCAGCAACAUCCACACUCCAGCGUCGCAUUCUGCGCGGUCAUGCGGCGCAGACAACCAGCGGAGAGCGUGUCCUGCUCAUCAAUUACGUGCCUCAAUCGGGAGCUGGAUCGGGAGGAACUGCACCCGCGUCCACUCAGAGCACGUCUCAAUUGCCCACCCGUAAGAUACUCCAGGCCAGAGCCUCGGCAGCAGCAGCAGCGUCUGGAGGAGGAGCAGAAGUAGCAACAUCCUCUUCCCCGCCAUCCACGCCAGCUGUCUCGUUCGCCGGACUGGGCUCCGAGGUGACCGUCACCUUGACGCGCACUAACCAGCGCGCCAGCAUGACCAGUGUCACAGCCGCCGGUCAUAUUGUUAGGAAUCAGCAAGCCACAACCUAUCACCAGAGCACGAACACAGUCACCACAGCAUCGACUACGAGCGGCACGGCGGCGAUUCAUGAGCACAUAGCUACAUCAACGUCGCCACCGCCACUGGUAUUCACCCAUCAUCCACAUCAUCACCACAGCCAACAGCAGCAACAACAUGAGUAUCACCAAGACCACCAGUUAGUGGAUCACCAUCAACUAGAUCAAGAGCACAUAAUCAUAGAUCAUCAUCAGCCGACGGAGGAUGAUCAGUUGAUCGAAUACGAUGAUGGCGGGACGAUCGAGGAGCAGCAUCAUCAGUUGCAAUUGCAAGAGGACCUUCAUGAUCCCCAGCAGCAACAGCAGCAACAUCAUGACGUUGUUCAUGAGGUGUAUCUCCAGUAAGAGAGAUUAGCGUUAAGCAGUAGCGUAAUAAGUUUUAGCCAUUCUAUGAAGAAAUUUGGGCACCCAAAAUGUGUGCAAACAAAAAAUCGAAUUUGACAAAGCUUUAAUUUGGUCGUUUUUUAAAAAAAUUUCCCUGUAUCUCUAAGUUAUUCUCUUCGUAAAUUUCCUCUAAUUUAAUUGCACACAUUUUGAGAAAUACAAAUAAAAUCCUGUACAUACAUACAAAAAAAAUAAAUAUAACCUUUGAAAUAAAAGGCUUUUUAGAAGACCAGUUUAAUAUUGUAUAUAGUUUUCUGAAAAGUAGGCAAAAAUAUUUUCCAUUGAAAGUAUUAAUCUUAAAAUUUACAUAUUGAAGAAAAAUUUUUAAUUAACUAGUUGUUAGUAAAGAUUAUUUUUGUACUAUAUAAAUACUGAUACUACAUAUAUGCUAGUUCAGAAAUAUCUGCACAUAUUAAAUAAUCAUUGACGAUCCAUUAGUUAUUGUCAGUUGCAGAUCAAAACAAACAACGUACCGAAACGUAAUCAAUUGUAAAAUAUAUCGACUUCAAAUAAAAAAAUCAAAUUUCGCACAUAAUACGUAUGUAUGUAUCAAUCAAAUCCAUUCUGAUUGUUUAAAAAUGUUGAAGCAAAAGGGCCCUUAGGAUUAUGAAUGGGAUAGAUUGAACAAAGUCUGUCUUUUAAGAGAAACAUAUUCAUGUAACCCAUUAUUUGGGGCCAAGGCAAUAAAGCGAGCCGGUUUGUGUACUGAAAGUAAAAUUAUAAU